AUGGGAAUGCAUGGAAAGUACGUCGACUAUCUACAAGUUGAUCCUUCCAAUACAUACAUCAAUAAAUAUGGACCACCUCAAGAAGAACUGCCAGACGACUUUUUGGACUUCCCAGACAGUCCGAAGGAGAGUAGUCCAGAAUCUUCUACCAAGACUACUCCAACGAGCGAUGUGCUAGAUUUUAGUUCUUGGGAGCCAGUCGAUUCAGAUUCUUCUCUUCAUAUGAACAUCGUCUACGAAUCAGAAGCUGAGACCGAUUUGCCUACACACGGUGUUCUAUCUUCUAUGACCAUCAAUCAGCAAUUCUACGUUAAAAAAACAAAAAUUGAGAAAAACCUUAUCGCCGAAGAGAGGUGUUUUGGAGACAGUCACCUGAACAUAGAUGGAUCCAGCGAUCUCGAAAAUGCUAAACAGAAUGGAAAUCUCUCACAACAAGACAUGGUCAAUUUCGGUGGAAAAUCAAUAAUACAACAUCAGCAAAUCGAUAUCGAAGACGUUGAACGAGGUGAUUCGGUCCGGAUAUCUCCAAACUAUGGCUAUCAAGAAAACCAACUCGAUUCCAUGAAGACACUGUCUAAGCAAAAACCCAAAAGAGUGAAAAAAUCUCGUCAAGCUCCUCAAAAAGAUCUUCAUGAUUCUGAAGUUGAGGAAGAAAUCGAUACAAAAGAUGUAGCCAUGAGAAUAGUCAACGAAUUGAAGACCCAUCACAUCCCACAGAAAACCUUCGCCGAGAGAAUAUUGUGUCGCAGUCAGGGAACUCUUUCUGACUUGCUCCGUAAACCCAAACCAUGGAAUAUGCUGAAAUCCGGACAAGAAACAUUUCGUCGAAUGCACAAGUGGUUGCAGCAACCACUCACAGCAAGGCUCAGCAUUCUGGAUAUGUCACCAGAAGAAGCUGCUGAAGCUCAAGGGUUGCUUCCACCAACGCCGGUUCCAAGUGGAGCACGAAAGAGACGUAUGAAUUCCGAUGAGAGUGAUCCAGCUGCCAAAGUUGCUCGUUUUGUUUUUACUACCCAUCAGAAACAGACACUUCAAUCAGUCUAUAAAAUUACGCAACGCCCAACCCGUGAAAUGCACCAAAAGCUUGCUGAUUAUCUUGAAAUCAGUAUUGAAACAGUGGAAAACUUCUUCAUGAAUGCUCGUCGACGUGAUCGUCAUCGUCAAGCAACCACUCAAGUUGAAACCAUCAAUGGGCCCAUUACACAUCAACAGGAGGCUGAGAUCUUGUCAGAAUACGAAUCAGAUGACAAUUUUUACUGA